AUGCAGGUCGUUUUGAUCCAGAACUGUCGCACGCCAGUCGUGGGAUGGGCCUCGUUAGCAUCGUCGUUGACCCCAAUGUUGAUGGACGCGGGCGUGUACCCUUCUCGAGCUUGCUGUAUCAGAGCGUCCAGGUCGAAAGGCACCCUUGUUGGCGCCUCGUCGAGUGCAUUCCCCCCAAACCCUAACCCCUCCUACACCCCCAAGGCCAAGGUCAUCCCCGGCUCCAAGGUGCACGUCCCCAAGGCCAGCUCCCCUCCCGCCUCCCAGGUGCACACCCCCAAGUCCAGCUCCCCUCCCGCCUCCCAGAUGCACGCCCCCAAGGCCAGCCCCCCUCCCGCCUCCCAGGUGCACGCCCCCAAGGCCAUCUCCCCUCCCAACUCCCAGGUGCACGCCCCCAAGGCCAGCUCCCCUCCCGCCUCCAAGUCCCACGCCCCCAAGGCCAUCUCCCCUCCCGCCUCCCUGUCCUACCCCCCCUAG